UCGUAUAUCAAAUAUUUUUGGUCAUUGUUCACAGUUGUGAGAAAGAAAAUGGCAGAAGACAUGGCGAAACAGGAUGAUGGCUGGCUCGCCAUCGAAUUGUACAAUAAUACAAUGACAGGUGAUUGGUGGAAGGUUGUUGAGAUGUAUGAGCACCACACAUUAUCAGCCAUUGAGGCCAGGAUCAACACAUCAGGGGACACGGCAUUGCACGUAGCUGUCUCCAUUGCGCCUAAAGAAAAGGUGCGACAACUUGUACAUGUAAUUAUCGGUGUUUCGGAGUUGGGUUUAUGGACAAAAAACAAUGAAGGGGAUACCCCUUUGCAUGUGGCAGCAUCAACGGGAAGAUUGAAAAUAUGCAUGCUCCUUGCUGCAAAACUUUAUGAAUCUUUGGAGGUUAAAGAUUCGGUGGUUCAAGAAUUUUUUCGUAACAAUGCUGGUGAGAGCCCUCUCUUCUUAGCCGCUUUUCAUGGUCACAAACCAAACUUCCUUUAUCUCAAAAGCCUCUGUCCCGACCCCGAUUCGAACCCCGGCCAAAGCAAUCCCUUCUACAGAAGAAAGGAUGGUGAGACUAUCCUUCACUGUGCCAUCAAGUGGGAGUAUUUUGAUUUGGCAUUUCAAAUACUUGAACUGGACCAUACACUUGCUUAUUCUGUGAACAAGCAUGGAAUCACCCCUCUGCAUCUCCUAGCAAGUAAGCCUUCGGUCUUCAAAAGUUGUUGCCACCUUAAAUUGGACUGGAAGAGCAUCAUUUAUUAUUGUACAUGGGUUAAAGAGCUCAAAAAGGAAACUGCUACUGAAGAAUGGAUUAGUUCAGUUGAGGAAAAAUUUGGCCGAUGUUCCCCGCUCAAAUUUCAAAAGAGAUGCCAAGAAUGCAUCUAUCCCAUUUGGAAAAUGGCUCGUGCCGUGACUAUGAGAUGCAGGGACUUAAAAAUGAAGAUUAAAAGAGGCGGGGAUGAGGAUGUAGAGAGUGCCAAAUCAGAACAAGAAGGACCCCAUGCUCGUAGUGAAGCUCAGGAUUUUCAGAGAUGGUUUUUCAAGUACUCUGGCUCUAACAUUCUCUUUGAUUUAGGCAACAAAAUAUUAUUCAUUUCGGGCUAUAAGUUCAUUCAUGAUCUUCUAAAAGGCAUAAUGACGAUAAAACGGAAGCACGUAUAUUCUGUUAAAAUAAUGGAAAUAUUAAUCAAACAUACAAAAGCGCAAAAGAGGAACCCUGGGCAAACAUCCGUGGUGUGGAAGCACCAACAGGAACUAUCCGCAGUCCAGGAUACGGACGUCAGUGCCACGGCUUCCAAAACUGAGCAACAGCAUAAGAGCAAUGGAACGGAAACUGAUUCAGAAAAGAAAGAGAAUGAAAAAGGAAAGGAGGAAAUGCCUAAAAUGGAAAAGAUAGAGACAGCCAUAUUGCUUGCGGCACAAAAUGGUAUCACAGACACGGUCAACAAAAUACUCAAAGAGAUUCCAAUGGCCAUUAAUGUCAAGAGCGAAGGAACAACAUUAUGUUUUUGGCUGAGAAGAACAGGAAAGGAGGAAAAGACAGAGACACCCAUAUUGCUUGCGGCCAAAAAUGGUAUCAAAGAAAUGGUCGUGAAAAUACUUAAAGACAUUCCAAUGGCCAUUAAUGACGAGAGCAACAAUAUUGUGCUUUUGGCAGCGAAGAACAGACAAACACAUGUUUUAAGGGUACUAUUCAAGCAAGAUCUUGUGAAACGUAAACUAAUUUAUCAAGUGGAUGCGAACAGUAACAACGCAUUACAUCUAGCGGCAGAGCUAGGAGAACAAGAGCCCUGGGUAAUUCCUGGGGCAGCAUUGCAAAUGCAGUGGGAAAUCAAGUGGUAUGAGUUCGUAAAAAACAACAUGCCGGAACACUUUCGUUAUCAACUCAACAAGGACAAAAUGACCCCUGAUGAAAUCUUCAACCGCACCCAUGUGGAUUUAGUCAAACAAGGAAGCGAAUGGCUAAACAAAACCUCUGAAUCCUGCUCAGUUGUGGCUGCACUCAUUGUCACUGUUGCCUUUGCGGCAUCGACCACUAUCCCGGGUAAUAUCGACGAGAAAAUAGGGAAGCCGAACCUUGAAGACCGAUCGGGGCUCUCCAUCUUUGCCUACUCCUCGCUGAUUGCCUUGUUCUUCUCCACCACUGCUUUGUUCUCGUUUCUCUCCAUCCUUACUGAACGAUACAAACUGAAAGAUUUCCACUUCAAGUUGCCAACGAGACUUCUGUUUGGCUUAUCUACGCUUUUCAUAUCCAUUGUGUCGAUGUUGGUUUCUUUUUCUGCUGGACAUUCCUUUAUGCUUGAGAAUAAACUGAAAGACAAAACCUUUAACAUAUAUGCAGGACUGACAUGCCUGCCGAUAAUCUGCUUUUUCUUACAUCAGCUUCCGCUCUACCUUGAUUAUGCAAUGGCUAACUUGCACGAGGUGCCUCCGUCGAGCUACAAGGCGAUUACUCUCUAAGGGUUUCUUCUAUAUUCUACAACUGUUUGUUUGAACUUUUUUACUUUUUUUUCCUAUCCUACGGGAUUGAUGGUUUGCUCUAAGUUUCAAAUAAGGUGUUUGCCAUUUUAAAUUAAUUUGGGAUGUAUUGUAUUUUUCGGUGUUUUGUGUGUAUCGUGCACCUGUUGCUGUGUGUGUCUUCGUUGGAAUUGAAAUUUUAAACUUCCAAAAUGUUUGAGUUAUGAAUGAGUUCGAUAAUUGAAUAAUU